UUAUGCCGGAGGCAGCCAAUCAAGGAGCGUAAGAGCUACUGCAGGUGCAAAGCAGGGCUAGCCGCUGCAGUAAAGCCGAAGAGAAAACACAUUUCAUGAUGGCGUCUGCAAAUGCCACAUACGGGCAGAAGGAGUCUACGGACCAAAACUUUGAUUACAUGUUUAAAAUCCUCAUCAUUGGCAACAGCAGCGUAGGAAAGACUUCCUUCCUUUUCCGCUAUGCAGAUGACUCAUUCACGCCAGCCUUUGUCAGCACUGUGGGCAUCGACUUUAAGGUCAAGACCAUCUACAGGAAUGACAAGAGGAUAAAGCUUCAGAUAUGGGACACUGCUGGGCAGGAGCGCUACAGGACAAUCACCACAGCCUACUACAGGGGUGCCAUGGGCUUCAUCCUCAUGUAUGACAUUACCAAUGAGGAAUCCUUCAACGCUGUGCAAGACUGGUCGACCCAGAUCAAGACAUACUCGUGGGACAACGCUCAGGUCCUGUUGGUGGGGAACAAGUGUGAUAUGGAAGAUGAGCGAGUGGUGGCUGCAGAGAGGGGCCGGCAGCUGUCAGAACAGCUGGGUUUUGAGUACUUUGAAGCAAGCGCUAAAGACAACAUUAACGUGAAGCAGACAUUCGAGCGGCUCGUGGACAUCAUCUGUGAGAGGAUGGCAGAGAGUCUGGAUAACAACGACCCCACCAUCACCGGAGCUAAACAGGGGCCACAGCUCAGCGAGCAGCCUCAGAGGUCCCAUCAGGAUUGUGCUUGUUGAACACAGCUACACACACGUCUGCUGUCAUGAGAUCCACACACCUUGUUGGGUUUUAUUUUUGAGUUUUGCUUUCUUUUUGUUUGUUUUCAUACCACACACAGAAACUGCCAUACAUAGAGACAGACGUAAGAUGGCUCUUCAGUUCUCCACCCCUCUCACUACACCACAACUACUGUCCACAUCAGCCAGUCCCCCCCAAAGAUGUGGUGUUCUUAAAGUUUUUGUUGUCAGUAGUACAGAAAUUAUGAGAUUAUGCAUAUUUGGUCAGAGGGGUAAAGAACAUUUAACAUGGUUACCAUCGUAAAAAGUCUUCAAUAGCUGCACACGCACUAUAACAGAAUUGCAAAAGGCCAGUCAGGCUAAGACUACAUCAUUCCUUAUUUUUAAUGUGUCUGUGAUUGGGUUGAACUCUAAAAGGUUGUGAAGGAGCAGUAUUCUCCUCCACUCCCAUUCAGCACCAAUGCCUCAGACCUAAAUAGAUACCAAUCAUUUGGCAAUUCUUCGACAUUUAUUUCCACUGAAAAUAUGUUUGUUGCUGUGUUGGUUGAUGUUUUUUUUUGUUUUUCAAUUGGUCAGGUGUGGUUUUGAGCAUGUGAAAUCAUCUUGUCAUAGUUGUGUUUUAGUUUGGUGUCCUUACAGGGUUGUUUGAGAGCUCGUUUCUCUCUUUAAUUUAGGGAAUUAGUGGAAAAAUAGCAAGUUGUGCAUAUCACUCAACCAAUCAAGACAUCUAUGCUCAUGGAGUCUAAAAAUGCACUGAUCCUGUUGUUUAGGGAGAUUUUAUACUAAAUCAGAUCAGAAUCAGAAAGACUUUAUUUAUCCCCAAUGUAGUUCAUAACAAAACAAAAGUCAACAGAAAAGGUACGACUCAUUUACUUUGAUAACAUUUUGCAUCCAAGAUUAACAGGACGCUUAAUCUGGUUGAAAUUCGUACAUCACUUAAGAGAACCUGUGCAUUCCACCUUAAAAGAUGCAGGUAUAGGCAUUUCUGAAUUUGAUCAUAUGGUCAGGUAUAGCUGACUAAUGUAGAAGAUGCGCAUGCCACCAUAGGAACCGUGGUUGUACAACUUUAAAAAAGAAGCCCAUGACUUAAGCUAGUGUGCACAUGUGUCAACUUCUUACUGUUCUGUAAUAACUCUCGGCUGGCUUGUACUCAGCACCGUGACAGAGAAUCAGGAGCCUAUUGUUCUCCUACCAAGUCUUUACCACUUCACCAUUACAACACUGGAAACACCUGGGUGCAAACUUUUCAUAGGCGUACAGUGUGUCAGUUUUAGUUUUGUUAUGAAAUAUGUUAACUUUGAAAAUAAGUGGUAGUAAUAGAAGUGCAUUUCUUUAUUCUAUGAGUGUAGAUAUAUAAUUACUUUGAGGCCUGUCUCAGAAAUUUUAAACAGAUGUUUAUUAGCAGACUCAGAGAGUAUGUUAAUGCGGCGUUAAAAAAAAAAAAAAAAGCAACAGAGCCUCUUUUUUUUUUUUUU